AUGAAAAGGAAAGUACGCCGUCCUGUUCGGAGACCCCGGCAUGUUGGCUUGUCGCUGCCAAAGCUGGCGAAUCCCGUACAGGAGACGGAAACAGAUGACGAGGAUGGCAAUGCGCCGUUGGGCACAUCGUUCUCACCGUCGCUUCAGGCGCAACAAUCCGUGAGGCUUGCCAGCACAAGUUUUAAAUUUUCCCGUGCCGUAUCACUGAGCCGCAGCAACACGAGCGCAACGGAGAAUAUUGAGGGUGAAUUGUGGUACGUGACAUCAAACAUGGGACCAGGGAAGCGCGCCACAUUGGCGAUGCAAUGGGUGACGUGCGACGAUCACAAACUGACGGUUUCAAGCGGCUGGAGCGAACGGGGUCGUAUAAUAGACAUGAUGCAAUUUGAUGGGAUUCGUGUCAUAUUUAGUUUUUCCCACGUGCACGAGCACUUUGCCUCCUCGCGUCAGGCUCCAAUAACGAGAAUUGUGCGGCGGGACGAUAACGGCAACUCCAUUUAUGUAAACGUCUGCAAAAAAGAUAAAGAGUACAGUAGAAACGAUUAUCAGCCACCACGGAGAGCCAUGCGAGAAUUCCGCCUUUGUGAAGGGAAGCUAAGGCCACGGUACUACUACUUUGGCAUUGAGUUCAGUGAACAUCGGGAUAACACCGGCGCACCCCGCAGACGGCAGCGACGACUGAUUAUUUUCGCAACGGACAUAAAAAGUGACCAGCAGGCGUGGUUGGAUUACUUCGCGUCGCUGGGGGAUCUCAAGUGCCGUUCCAUUUCAAGAACAAGUAAUACCCACGGCUGUUUUUCCGUGCAGGACGAGUCGCAUUGUCAGAGCUUGCAGGAGCCACAAAGUGUGGGGCGCCUGAACCUCGAGGAAAGGGACUGGGGCUCCUCUCGGUCAUACGAGCCGCUCGAGUUUGCUGCCACGGGACGCCCCGGCAGUGAGUCUUCCCCUUUUCUGGUGGAUUUUGAUGAACUUUCGGAGUCCCACGCAUCCGCUUUCCCUCGUUCCCGCCACAAUGAACAGUUGAGGAAUUAUUUAAUCGCUCAACUGACAGAUGAGGAAACACGUUUGCGUAAGACACUCUUCGUGGAAGAGGAAAACGACAGACGACGACUGUGCGCCGUUCGACAAGCGUUGCUUUUAGCAUUUAGAGAGAAUAAUUCAUUCUCCGCAUGGACAUCCACGCGACUGGCCAAGACGGGUACAACCGAUGAUGCCACACUCGCAGCAUGCGGCUUAUUUUUUCCUCAGUGCGAAGAGGUCUCACCGGAAACAAGUCAGUGUGAGGAGUUUAUAACUGACACUAUCAAAAUGCUACAACGAACAAUAACCGAGAAAAACAAUCAUAUAAAUGAUAUAAAAAAAGAGCUGGAAGAGUUACGAAGGCAAUUAACUGUUGACAAAAACAAAAUCCAAACGUUAGAAGAGAAACAACGUACAAAUGUAUGCAACAAAGAUGUAAAUGGAAAAAAGGGAAACAAGGAAGCAACAACGCCUCCAAAUAAGCCAGGGGGCCAAGAAGCAGACGACCGUGUGCGGCAUCUUAUUGGUACUGUGCAGGAACUAAAAGAGCGGCUUCGGGCGACCGAACUUGCCCGCACCGUCUUAGAAAAACAGAACGAACGCCGACGCCGUGAGCUGGAGGAGCAACUGGCGCAGCUGGGCACCGAGAGGGAUGCGUUGGCGGAGCGUGUGCGUGAGCUAGACACGCGACUGGGCAGUGCGACCGUCUCUCUGCAUGACGCGGAGCAUGAGUGCGAAUUGGUGGCCGGGCUGCUUGGAGUUCCGACGGUGGAGGCCGGUCGUGAAAGCGAUGCAUCCGUUGCGGGCCGCCUACGGUGCGUCUCUGGCGCUGUGCGUGAGCUGGGGGAGCAGAACGAGCGCCGACGCCGUGAGCUGGAGGAGCAACUGGCGCAGCUGGGCACCGAGAGGGAUGCGUUGGCGGAGCGUGUGCGUGAGCUAGACACGCGACUGGGCAGUGCGACCGUCUCUCUGCAUGACGCGGAGCAUGAGUGCGAAUUGGUGGCCGGGCUGCUUGGAGUUCCGACGGUGGAGGCCGGCCGUGAAAGCGAUGCAUCCGUUGCGGGCCGCCUACGGUGCGUCUCUGGCGCUGUGCGUGAGCUGGGGGAGCAGAACGAGCGCCGACGCCGUGAGCUGGAGGAGCAACUGGCGCAGCUGGGCACCGAGAGGGAUGCGUUGGCGGAGCGUGUGCGUGAGCUAGACACGCGACUGGGCAGUGCGACCGUCUCUCUGCAUGACGCGGAGCAUGAGUGCGAAUUGGUGGCCGGGCUGCUUGGAGUUCCGACGGUGGAGGCCGGCCGUGAGAGCGAUGCAUCCGUUGCGGGCCGCCUACGGUGCGUCUCUGGCGCUGUGCGUGAGCUGGGGGAGCAGAACGCGCAUCAACGCCUUGAGUUGGCUGAAGCGGAGUCCCGUCGUGUGCUUGAGCUGGAGUUUGUUCAUAUCUUUUCUUCGCUCUUUGUUGAUGAACGUAAUGCAUUGCGUAGUGAGUGUUUUAAGGUGUGUGCCGAGUUGGAAGAGUUGAAACGUUCGUUUUCGAAGAUUUCUGUUUCCGUUAACGAUGCUGUGGAGAAGUUGGGUUGUGCUCUGCAUGGUGUAUCGACGAGUAAUAGCGGUGGAGAUGUUUGCGUGUGUAGGGGUGUUGACGUUAUUUCCUCUUCUAGUCUCGUGGAUCCUGCUGCUGUUGGAGCGGUGGCGGUGAAGUUGGAGCGGCUGGCGUCUGUGUGGCACACGGUCGGCCAGGGUCAGUAUGUGGCGUGUGCGCGUUAUUAUGAGGUGACAUGUGAGUUGCUUCGAGAUGUUUUUCAAGCGUUGGGCUUAGUGGCGCCUUCUUUUUCGUUCCAUGCGCCGUUUGGCGCGAGGGAGGAGGCUCUGCAGGAGUUACUGACGUGGACGAGUACCCCGCAGGACUGCACGAAUGUCGAUGGGAAUGGAGGGUUGUUGCUGGCGCGCUAUGAAGAGACAAUGGCAGCGGGAAUACGUGCUGUGGAGACCGACGUGCUGCAGCGUGUGCGGCUUGCCGCGGAUCGUAUUUUGAGGGUGCGUCUUGCCUACGAAGCCGUUGGGAAUGCGUUGGGGGAUGGAAGUGUGCGAAUGGCUACGGACACGAGUGACGGCGAGGACGACAGCGUCGUUGCGAAGAUACGCGAAUUGCAUGUGUGCCUGACGGACUCGCUGGAGUCGCUUGUCGCAUUUAUCGGAGAUGACACGGGAGGUGCGACGCGGCGGCUCCACGACGGUGUUUCGUUUGAAGCGAUGGUCAAGGAACUGAUGAAAGAAUGUCGCAGUGCCUCGGCGGCAUUUGUGGACAUCACGUCACUGGUGCGAGAUGGAGUGGAGGAGAAGGAAGAAGUCCCGGGCGGCGAAGCCACCACCACCACCACCACAAACAAAAAAAACAACCCUAAACCUCUUGUUUGCUGCUAUGAGGACCUUGUGGUAUGUGUGCGGCGCUCGUUGACGCGGGCUCGCGGUGAGCGGGAGAAAAACAAGCGUCUUUGCGAGGAACUACGUCGUGUACUCGCCACGACAACAGGUACGGUGAGCGUUGCGGCGCAGUCUUCGCUCCUUGGAGCUUGCCUGUCACAUGCUGACGUUGCCACGGAUAAUAUCAGCUCUUUUUCGGAUUCGCUUGCCAGUCAGAAGGCGAAACAGUUGUUUUCUAAAGAGGAGUUGGUUGGUUCGGGAGAUUCAGAUUCGUGCCAGUCGCCGUUGGGGUCGCGGCAUUCCUUUGAGAUUGUGCACCAGGUGCGAAGCCACAUCGCCUCUAAGGUGGCGGAGGUACAGGAGUUGCGCACAGCCGUCACGACGAGUGUGGAGAAGCUUGGCGGUACUGUGACCUCCCCCAGCGUCGCAUCACACGUUAUUGCCAACGCGUUGCUGGAUGUUGUGCGGGAGACAAGCGCAUCCAUUGCAGACGUGCAAGCCCUUAUCGAUCCCGAUGCCGCCGCGGUGCGCUCGGGCCCUCCGCGGCUACGCGACCUCGUUAGCUGCCUCCAGGUGAAGGUGGACGAGUGGGAGACGAGUAUGCGGGAGGCGCGGGAACUCGUGAAUUCCGUCAUGAAUGUGAAUGACCCGAACUAUUCUCUCGCCGCAUCACCCGGUCGCUCACUCACGCGUAAAUCGAAACCGAAGCCGGUGGUGGCGGGCAGAGGUGACGAGUCGCUCUCGCUUAACCGCACGUUCCCGGUGUCGUCUGAAAGUGGUUCUAUCGGGCAACUCCCGGACGGGCGCAGUGUUGCCGAUGCGUCCCCGCGGAAGAACCGUGCGUUUACCCCUUUUUCCAGCGAAGCGGAGGGUGGCGGGAUGAGAGGCAAGUUUGUGCAGGACGCCGUUCUGGAAAUACGCGCCAAACUCAUCGGUAUCCGACAGCUAACAAACGCAUGCGCCACCGCCGUGUGUCUUAUGGGCGGCGAGGAGGGUUUAGAGAGGCAGGCGCUCGAUAUACUGCCGGUGCAACUUCUGCAGCGGGCUCAGGAGGUGAACGAGGUGAUUCAGUUGACGCAGGACGCCGUCUCUCUUCUUGACGGCACGGAGGGGGAAGUGGGGGGGACGGCUGGCGGUGUUGCCGCCAGUUCCUGUCCAUCCAUCCGUACACGUGUGCGGCGCCUCGUUGAGGGCAUGAAGGCACUUAAGGACGAGAAUGAAUCGCUGCGGCUGCAGGAAAUCGCCUCCCUGAAACAAAAGGCAUUUCUUCUGCAGGACUUUGAAGCGAUGCGGGAUAAAUUCGCAAGUCAAGAAAAGCGGCUCGGCGAAGAGUAUCAAAAACUGUUAGGGGAAUGCAAUGAACUUCGCGGGACGAUUGACCGUCGCAUGCAAGAAAUCCAGGAGCGGGACGACACACUUGCGAAGCAAGAGAGGCGGAAUACCGAACUUGAGGAGGAGCGUGAGAGGCUCCAUGCCGAGUGCGAUCAGCUUCGGCGGCAGAUAACGACAUUACGUGUCACGCGGGACGAUUUGCAGGUGUUGGAGGCGGGUCCGAAAGAGGCAGCCAUCAUUCUGCGAAGAGCGUCAGCGUUUUUGUACGGACGGCUCCAAAAAGCCAUAAAUCAAAUAUCAGCGGUUUCCUCUUCUUCCUCUUCCACCUCCACCUUGUGGACAGCGGCAGAGGAAAAAGUCACUGAGAAUCAUCUACAAGAAGAUAAACCAGAGGGCAUCGUAAAAGCACUUGAUGUCAAUGAUGCGUCUGUUUCUGCAGCGCAGUUGAUGGCAGAGAGCGGCCGCGAACUGCGUCGCUGCGGGCAGGCCAUUCAGCAGAUCGAGCUUCAUUUAAGAACUGAGACGCAGCUGCGUCAUUGGGUGCGGUGGGUUUGUGUGCGGACAAAGGAAGAAGUGGUUAGUGAGGAGGCAGCUGUGCGCACACUCCUGCGUGAGGCCUGUCGUAAUGGAGCCGUGCUGCUGAGCGAAAAAAUGCGGGUGUUGAAGGAGCGGGAUGAAAUGCGGUGCCUCCUGCAGCAGCGCCUUGAAGAGUUGCUGAGCAAACACGAUGAGGAACGCGCGGCGUGGAAGCGACGUCUGCAGGAUUUAAACGAGACACAACAGUUGCCCUUUUGCUCAAGUUCUGCGGCGAGUAAUGUGGCAACAGUGAGGGAAGGUGCCUGUGAAGUGCAGCGGGAGGGCCCGAGAGCCCACAGUCGUCUCGAACAGUGGAUAAUUGAGAACACGACGGCGCCGUUGCCCAACGCGUCCCUGCAACGAGCAGCAGCAGCAGCAGCGGCAGCGGCGGCGGUGGUGGUGGAGAAGACGACGGAGAUGUGCGGUGCCCCACUGGAGUGCGUACCGGCCGCCCUCGAGUUUAUGCCGGCCGUUGGCGGCGACGGGGCGGCUGGCGAAUGGCGACCGGAGGAACCGCUCUCCGACGGCGUGAAGUGUGUGCAAAAACUCGCAGAGGAUCUUUCACGAUGCCGAGUGCUUCUGCAGGAACAGUUAUUGAUGAUGGGCGAAGACAACGACGAUGAUGUCUCGCGAUCUGAAAAGCGACGGGAUGACGGGGCGGAUCAGAGAGCGUCCCUCUCCAGACUUAUGGAGCGACACAAGAGUUCUCUGAAGAGACUUGUCUCUGAGCGUGCGGCGCUGCACGUUGCGUGGCAGACGGCACAAAGUGAAGUUUUGAGGCUUCACCGCGAACUGCAUGAGGGCGAAGCGAGAUAUACGCGCGACACGGAGGAGGCGGGGCGCCGCAUCGGCGAUCUCCGCGCUAUUGUGCAGCAGAAACUUGUCGCGGACGCGAAGACGGAGCGGGAAAUGGAGGAGAUCCAGUCGGUGAUGGACCAGCACCUCGCUGUUCUUUACAGUUACGCCAAAGAAGAGGAGGCAGUGACACGUCACCUGCAUGAGUUAUGCCGGUUAAUGCGAUCCAAGACGAACGUCCAAAAACAACACGCCCGACUGCAUUUUUAG